CCCGCCUGCGGCCGGGAUUAGGUUGCGGCGCGGGCGGCGGGCGGAGCUGGUCCCGUUGUGCUGCGGCUCCGCGCGGCCUGCAGUCCCGGGCCCGCGUUCCGCGCCCAGCGCCGCCCGCCCGCCCGCCAUGGAGUCCGGCCCCGACGGCCCUGACCCCUCUGGCCCCGCCACCAUCCGCGAGGGCUGGUUCCGUGAGACGUGCAGCCUGUGGCCCGGCCAGGCCUUGUCGCUGCAGGUAGAGCAGCUUCUCCACCAUCAGCGCUCGCGGUACCAGGAUAUCCUCGUCUUCCGCAGUAAGACCUACGGCAACGUGCUGGUGCUGGAUGGCGUCAUCCAGUGCACGGAGAGGGACGAGUUUUCCUACCAGGAGAUGAUAGCCAACCUGCCUCUCUGCAGCCACCCCAGCCCCCGAAAGGUGCUGAUCAUCGGGGGUGGUGAUGGAGGUGUCCUUCGGGAAGUGGUGAAGCACCCCUCUGUGGAGUCGGUGGUCCAGUGUGAGAUUGAUGAGGAUGUCAUCCAAGUCUCUAAGAAGUUCCUGCCUGGCAUGGCCAUUGGCUACUCCAGUUCAAAGCUGACGCUCCAUGUAGGUGAUGGUUUUGAGUUCAUGAAACAGAAUCAGGAUGCCUUUGAUGUUAUCAUCACUGACUCCUCGGACCCCAUGGGCCCUGCUGAAAGCCUCUUUAAGGAGUCAUAUUACCAGCUCAUGAAGACAGCCCUCAAGGAGGAUGGCAUUCUCUGUUGCCAGGGUGAGUGCCAGUGGCUGCACCUGGACCUCAUCAAGGAGAUGCGCCAGUUCUGCAAGUCCCUCUUCCCAGUGGUGGCCUACGCGUACUGCACCAUCCCCACCUACCCCAGCGGCCAGAUUGGCUUCAUGCUGUGCAGCAAAAACCCAAACACCAACUUCCGGGAGCCAGUGCAACAGCUGACACAGAAGCAGGUGGAAAAGAUGCAACUGAAAUACUACAACUCAGAUGUGCACCGGGCAGCCUUUGUACUGCCCGAGUUUGCCCGAAAGGCCCUGAAUGAUGUGAGCUGAGCCUAGGACCACCCAGGACCUGGAACCAGGGAGCCUCCAGGGUGCCUGGGCCCUCCAGCCCCAGACCAGACCUGCCAGCUACCACCCACCAACCAAGUGUUACAGGCCCCAGGAUGCUGGGCGGACUGUGUGUCUCUCUGGGGCAUCCAGCCUCCAUGCCUAUACCAGCUGUGUACAGCACCUCUCUCUGCCUUUGUUCCCCUUCAUUCACCAAACACGUGUAUUUAUAACAAA